AUGAUUGGAAUAUUUUUAAUCGUCAAUGCAUUUAGAAAAAGGAAAGGUUUUGAUCCUAAAGUAUUUUUAGUAGAACAACCAAAUAUGUUUUUAAAUAUAUCUAAUUCUAGUGUUAUUAACCCGAUAGAAGUUGAUAAAAAACUUCCAUUUACAACGAGUUGUGUUGAUUUGACAUUUGGAGAUAGUGAAUUUAUUAGUAUUGGAAAGACAUAUUUCAAUCAAGUAGUAUUUAAAAACAAAAGAGAUAAAUAUAUGCUUGUCAUUAUUCAUUUGCCUAAAUCACCUAAAUAUGUAUUUCAUACAGAACCAGAAUAUCUAAUUAUUUCACCUAAAAGAAAGGCUACAAUCACUAUUUAUCUUACAUUGUUUUGUACUAUUAAACUUCAUGGAAUGAAAAUACCAAGUACAGUUUAUUUUUCACAAAGAAAAGUGAAUUUAGAAGAUAUUAUUAAUAAUCUUAGAAAUCAAACAGAAGAAACAUAUUCAAAAGAAGAUAGAGAUAAACAUAAUUUGAUGACACAAGGAAAAAAAAAUUAA